AUGGCCGCCUCCACCCUGUCCGUCUGCUCCAGUAACAUGAGCUACAGCCGCAGGGUCUGCCUGCCCGGGUCCUGGGGCUCCUGCACUGGCCCCUCCUGGCAGGGGGACGACUGCCGGGAGAGCUGCUGUGAGCCCCCCUGCUGCUCCCCCAGCUGCUGCCAGUCCAGCUGCUGUGCCCUGGCCCCCUGCCUGACCCUUGUCUGCAACCCCGUGAGCGGCGGGUGCAGACCCUGCCAGUCAGCCUGCACCAGCUCAUGCACACCCUCCUGCUGCCAGCUGUCUAGCUGCCAGCCCUCCUGCUACACCUCCUCCCCGUGCCAGCAGGCCUGCUGUGUGCCCGUCUGCUGUAAGCCCGUGUGCUGUGUGCCCAUCUGCUCUGGGGCUGCCCCCUGCCCAGCUCCCCCAUGCUGCCAGCCCACCCCCUGCCCCCCGUCCUGCUGCAGACCCUCCUCCUGCGUGUCCCUCAUCUGCUGCCCUGUGUGCAGGCCCGCCUGCUGUGCCCCGACCUCCCCCUGCUGUGCCCCUGCCUCCCCCUGCUGUGCCCCCGCCUACCCCUGCCAGCGCAUCUGCUGCAGCCCGGCCUUCUGCGUGUCCCUGCUCUGCCGCCCCGCGUGCACCCGCCCUGCCUGCUGCUGA